CGCGAGGUGCGUGACUUGCUCGAGGAGUUCGACCAGGUCCUCAAAGAGCCCAAGGGGCUGCCGCCACACCGAGAGUUCGACCAUCGCAUACCUUUGGUCGAGGAAGGUCGAGCAGUGCACGUGCAUCCGUAUCGAUACGCACACUUCCAAAAGACGGAGAUCGAGCGACAGGUGGGCGAGAUGCUCGAGUCCGGGCUCAUCCAGCAUAGCUCGAGCCCGUUAUCGUCAUCGGUGUUGCUCGCAAAGAAGAAAGAUGGAACCUGGCGAUUCUGCACGGACUACCGCGCUCUGAAUGCGGCUACUGUGAAGGAUCGCUUUCCCAUUCCGAGCGUCGACGACAUGCUGGACGCGUUGGGUGGCGCGCGUUACUUCUCUAAGCUCGACCUACGCGCGGGCUACCAUCAGAUCAGAUUAGCCAAGGAGGACGUACCCAAGACGGCUUUUCGCACGCACCAAGGGCACUACGAAUAUCUCGUGAUGCCUUUCGGGUUGUGCAAUGCACCGUCGACCUUUCAGUUUGCCAUGAACUUGAUUUUUAAGAGGUACCUACGUAAGUUU